CUUUGCGACGUUCUUCUCCCUUUUCUUAGCGCUCUCCAAUUUUUUCCGAUUAAUCAUCGAUGGUUUUUAGUGAAGUGAAAUUUGUGAAAAAAUAGCAAAUAAUUGCUAGAAAAUGUGAAAAAAUAGUGCAGAUAUAAUGUAGAAGUGUACAAGUAACGCGUAACACUACAGUUUUCAUUGUUCUACAGGGUUUGGAAAACAUUGUUGCAAACUUAGGGACAGCAGAGGUCUUGUCUGAUUAGGGGUGAGUGUCGUCGAGGUCGCAAGGAAGAGGGGAUUGCAGUAAAAGGCGCAGGGUGGGGACAGAAAAAUACAAAGAAACCAUGGCAGAUAUGAUGAGAAUGAGCGGAAGUGGUGCCCUUGGAGGAUUUCAGCGGGAUAAGCUCGGAUCACCGUCUACCGGGUCGGAGGACGGUGGAGGGAUCGAUCUGGGGGACAUGGCCCAGGAGCUGGAUCAGGACGAAUUCGAUGGGCCUGUGGCGUUCAAUGGUGACAGACCAGCAAUUACGGCUCCCCCCGAAAGCGAAUGGUACCACGGUCGUUUGGACAGAUUCUGUGCCGAGCAACGUUUGAAAUCUGCUUCGAGGCUGGGAAGUUAUCUAGUUCGCGAAAGUGAUCGAAAGCCUGGAUCAUACGUGUUGAGCUACUAUGGCAGGACUGGAAUAAAUCAUUUCCGCAUUACAGCCGUAUGUGGCGAUUUCUAUAUCGGAGGAAGACAAUUCUUCUCGCUGAGCGAUUUGGUGGGCUACUACACUUCGUGCAGUGAUCUGUUGAAAAGGGAGCGCUUGGUAAGCCCGGUGGCACCCCCGGAACCAGUCAACGAUAAGAAACGUGUGGUAGCCAUUCUUCCGUACACCAAAAUGCCGGAUACGGAUGAGCUCACCUUCCAAAAAGGUGACAUUUUCUUCGUUCACAACGAUAUGGGCGACAACUGGCUGUGGGUAACGGCUCAUCGUACCGGUGAGCAAGGUAUGAUCUUUCGGGAGUUGGUGGAAGACCUCGAUCCUAGCAUCGAUCCAAAUACCGUUUUCUCCUGGUUCCAUCCGACCUGCUCGAAGAACGAAGCCGUAGAUAUGCUCGUUAAAGCUGGACCGGGAAGCUUUCUGGUACGACCGAGUGACAAUUCACCCGGAGAUUAUUCCCUGUUCUUCCACAUCAAUAAUCAGAUUCAGCGGUUCCGUAUCGAGAAGAAGGGCGUUCGCUAUCUGAUGGGUGGACGUACUUUUGAGUGUUUGGAUGCUGUUAUCAACCGCUACCGUAAGGAACAAAUUGUAGAAGGCCAUACGCUGAUGCACCCAGUUAUCAACGGAAGCCAACCGGAGUACCAUCCGCCGUCUAAUGUGGCAAGUGCAGCGGAGAAGAUCUACGCUACACUCCGGGAAUGCCGCGAUCAGAACAUUCUAAAGAAAACCAAGGGCAUCAAGCAUCACGGCUAUCUGCUGAAGAAAUCGGACAAAACGGCCAAGUGGAAGCAGCUGUAUUUUGCCCUGCUGGUUGAAGGAUCGGAAACGCAUCUUUGCUUCUACGACAAUCCGAAGAAAACCAAACCGAAAGGGUUGAUUGAUCUCUCUUGUGCUUAUUUGUAUCAGUGCCAUGAAUCGUUUUGGGAGAGGCAGCAUUGCUUCCAGAUCGUUGAACGCGCUCUGCCGUGCCUGGCAACGAUCACCUAUCUUUGUGCCAACAGUCAGGAAAGUUACGUCGAAUGGGUUAAUGCGCUGAAAUCGCACUGCGUGUCCCAGCUUAGCAAAGCCCAGUCCAAGGUGCCACGUUUGCGUGAGCUGCGGUGCCUGAAUUUGCAGAUACUGGAAGCGCACCGUUUACCAUUCAAAUUGGUUCCCCAUCCGUACUGUGUUGUUUCGUUGAACCAGGUCAAGGUGGGCAAAACCCGAGUCAAAACCGCCCCAGAUCCAGUGUGGGAGGAGGAAUUCGUGCUAGAUGAUGUCCCUCCGGAUGUAGUGACCGUGACUAUUACCGUUCUCAGCAAGGGAAAACGCGGUAAGGAUUCAGAAGUUGCGGAAUUGACUGUCGACUUGUGUGGUUUGAAAAAUGGACAGGAAACCGAGGAGUGGUACCCCCUGGUCGGAAUGACCCCAAUGGGCGAGUGGGGAUCCAUUCGGCUUCGUAUACGAUAUCUGGAUGAUUUGGUAAUGCCCUGCGAUGAGUACAGUCCCCUUCAGCAGCUCUUGGUGGAACCGGAACUAAAUGCAGUUCGGGCAUUAGCCGAAAUCUGCCACAACGAUCGCAUUCCCCUAGCUACGUCUCUGUUGAAGGUUUUCCGCCACGAAAAACGUGAAACCGAACUGCUGAGAAUACUGUGUCAAGCCGAAGUGGCUCGGGAGAAUGAAACAACAACCCUGUUUCGAGGUGCUUCCCUGGCCACAACCCUGAUGGAUCUCUACAUGCGAGCGGAGUGUACCGUUUUUCUACAAUCCGCCGUGUCUGACACAAUCCAAAGAAUACUCGACAGCAAGCAAUCCGGAGAACUGAAUCCAACCAAGAUGGAUGUGAAUGACGACGCUUGCUCGAAUGCCGAAUUUCUGCUGAUGAUUUUGGACCAGGUGACGCAGUCCAUCUUCACCUCGCCGGAUGCUUGUCCUCGCACCGUGCGCUACAUUUGCAAUUGUCUGCAGAAGGCAGUGGUGGCUAAGUGGCCGUCGCCUAACGAGCGGCUGGUUCGCACCCGGGUCGUGUCCGGGUUCAUCUUUCUGCGUCUGCUGUGUCCCGCUUUGCUCAAUCCCCGUCAAUUUGUUCUAGUCAGUGAAACUCCUCAUCAGAUGGCGACUCGCACGCUCAUAAUGGUUGCGAAAUGUCUGCAGAAUUUGGCAAAUCUUGUGGAAUUCGGCGGAAAGGAGCCCUACAUGGAGGUAGUCAAUCCGUUCAUACUGAAGAAUAAGGAGAGGAUGAUAGUUUUUCUGGAUCAGCUAUCCUCCGUCACGGAUCCUAAUCCCCCUCCUGGGUGCAUGAUUGAGCAGAACAAUUCCUCUACGCUCUCUAGUUCCGAUGCAGGACGCGAACUCGCCACGUUGCAUCACAUCUGCGUUUCGUACCUUCCGGAAUUGCAAUCGAUGAGUAAGUCUAACAAUUCGCUCAAGAAGCUGGUCACCGUUACGGAGAUGCUUUCGAAGCACAAACUCAAGUACCGUGAGAUGAUUAGCUAAUUUGCUGGGCCGGAUGCAGCACCGUGCGGGCGAAUUUUUGCAUGACACAUUUAAAGGAUGGAGAAAACCGAUAAUCUUUAUAAACUCAAAAGUUAUAAAACAGAACAAACCAACACAGGAUUAACAUUUACCGAGCGUGUAUUACAAGCGUAAUAGUGAAACCCUUGCAGAUAAUCAAGAAGAAAAAAAACGAAGAAAUAUUUUAAGUUUCAAAAUUCCGGUACAACGGCAAGUAGGUAUAAACAAUAUUGAUAACAUCGGCUUCCGAGCGAAUGGCUGUUUUGCAAUUUCUCAUCACAACUUUUUUUAGCAUUUUGCUGUACUCAGGAGAGGUAAUUUUAGGCUACAAACAAUAUUUAAAACAAAAAGAUAUAAAGUACGAAACGAAUCAACAGUUACAUAUUCCACGAUGAAAUAGAGCAUCAUCGCACAAAAUUUGCCAGUUCGUUUAGCAGUUUAGGUGUCCGGUUUUCAAAUCUCUUACCUACUCCUCACGAGAGAGUUGUUCAAAUGUACUACUACAACAUACCACUAACGCAGAAUCGAAACCAGUUUAUUGUGAUCAUCCAAUAGCAACCAGUUGGGAUGAAGUCUCUAGUACCUAGUAGUAGCAGCAGUCUGCAGUUCUGAGUAGAAUACUCAAAUUGUUCUCCUGUAAGUAAUAGUCUUUCUUUUCUAUCACUAUUCUUGCGCGCAAAUCAACAACAAAAGAUGUAAUUUUUACGUUCCUGACUUGCUGCUUUUGCAUCUCAAUUUAGAUGUUCAUUUGGCUAUAUUUCCCUACUUUUAAGCGAUGUCGAUGAAAAGUUUGCAUAACAACUGGAUCUAGAACGUACCGUCCUGGGAUCGGAAACAGUCAAUUGAACUCAUCAACUAAUCCUAAUGAAAUCCUAAUAAUUAUUUUGCAUUGUUUAUCGAACAUGUCUGGAAUAUUCAGUGAUUUCUGGAACCAAUCAGGAAAUUGUUGAUGAAUGAAUGAUGAUGUAAAGAAUUUAGUUGGAUUUUUUUGCAUCUCUCUUGUUUAAUGUUACGCGGGCGUAACUGGAGUGAUCGUUCGUUUCUCUUCAUCGAUUUUCUCUUCGGAUUACUCCGGAAAUUGGAUCUAUACUCGAACAAACUCAGUAGAAGGCCGAUUAGGUCUAGGGUCAAACUAGAACAACAAAAACAACCGGAAAACAAUUUCCAUAUUUUUUUCUAGGAUUCAUACUGAGAUGAAUCAUGGUUACUGACUGAUUCUUUUUGGGUUUCUUUAGAGAUAUCUGUCGUCCUGCGAUUGUGUCGCCGAUACAUUUUUCUCCGUUCACUAUCGCGAGUGUAAGUGGACCAUCCCCAAGCCAGCCAUCUCGACGGCACAAUCGGCAAGUGCCCUGAAUCGUACUGGUCAUGGGGCGUCGCCGAUUUGCCAUUGCUAAUCUACGAGCGUCUGGCCGCCCGAGCAUGGUCUUCAUGUGCCCCCUCAAGCCCGCUGUUCGCCGGUUACUAUUCGCAGUGAUCGUUGUUGACCUGUAAAAGCAGACCGGCGCGAGUAACCAAGCGUCCGGCCACGAGAGCCGGUGAUUCCGGGUCGUAGUAACCCUCAGACCGUGUGGGUCAGAAAUCUGCCUGUUGGUUGCAGCCCUCUCAAACCAGUUGCCCAGCGCCCGGCCCUCCCGGGCCUGUUUCCUCGAGACGAAGUUGGCACACCACGUGGGCCAGAAACCACGGCCUUUCUUUGGUCGCGAUCGAUGCUAACCUGGCCAGCCACCGCCGCUGUCGACCCGCCGUUGUCCACCACCCACGCCGUCCGCGGCCAAGCAUCCGGCCAUUCCGGGCCGGCUUCUUCGGGACGAAGCCAUCGUCGCAACACGUGGGGCAGAAACCCCGCCAUCGCCGUUCCUUCCAGGUCGGUCUCUUCGGGACGAAACCGUCGUACCUCGUGUGUCAGAAACCCCUGGCUGAUCCUAGCUACCCACGAGCGCACCGGUCCAGCCACCGCCGUGUUUGCCCCGCUGCGGUUUACCGCCCACGCCGCCACGAUUUGAUCGUGGAAUCCACCCAAAAACUGUUUGACCGUAAGUACCUUGUUAAGAGUUAGGUUCCCGCCUCCGAAAGCUCCCCCUCCAUCCGUUCGUCCUGAGACCCGGUCCCAAAAGAGUCCGUGAGUGCACACCCCGGAGACUUCCGCCGGCUUAGACCAGCAGCCUGGGGUUUUAGGCCGGCUUCCCUCUGAAAUCGAGCCGAGAGGUACCGGGGCCAAAAAAAGGGUCUUAUACCCUCCCGGAAUUCUUUCACAUAUUCUUCCGGGUUCCUUUUAGGGAUUUUUCCUAAUAUUGUUCCUGAGUUUCUUUCAGGCAUCUAUCCUGAGAUUUCUUUUGAGAUUUCUCACGGGUUUGCUUCAGGUAUUCUUGCGGAGUUCCUUCCGAGAUAAAUUCUUUCUCAAUCUAGGAAUUACAAAAUCUUUUCUCCAUUUUAUACGUGACACUUUAAAUUCUUACAGCUUAAUCUAGAGAAAAUGGCCCUGAAAUUAUUUUUAUAAAGCUGUUCCACCCUGUAAAAAAUCAGGGAAUUUUAUUUAUAUAAACAAGUAGACAUUCUAUUACCAAAAUCGGUUGAAAAUUAGGAAAAGUGGACCAAAUUACCACCAACAUUGAGUUGCUCAAAUAUGUUAGGAACGUAAAGAUUUCAAAAGGAACUUAUCUUCUUCCUACCCAAACAUCAUACAUUGCAAGUCAACAUUAUUAUCUAAAUGGAUGUAAUUGAACCAGUAAUAAACCAGAGGAGAAUUCGUUAACAAAAGGUGUUCACAAAACUACAAGCAACGGUUGCAAUUGUUCAUAAUUUCUUUUUUCUAUACAUAAUUUAUUGAAAAAAAAAGUUGACGAUCGAUUGCAAACGAUUUCAAUGGUUCUGUGGACACCUUCGAGAGUAGAGACGGCAAUAACAUUUGUAGGAAGUAGCCAAACCAUUAUAAAAUACAAAAAAAACAGCAACUACCAACCAAUCAACCAACAACGGUAUAAGGAAAAAACGAAAUAAUUUUAAUUCGGAGGUAUUCUUAGUCGAGGAAGACAGAGGGGAAACAAAAAUGAGAACAGCGCAUGUUUAUACCAAAAAAAAAAAGACGAGAUAUUUAGUUAACGUUAGGAAUUAAUAGACCGAUUUGUGUUUCGAUUCGCCCUCUCUCCUUCCUGCUAUGCAAACGUUGAUAUAUUAUGCGUUGCGCGAAAAUUUGUACGCGCAAGCGCCCAUACAUCUCCGCCUGUAAGAAAAAUCAUUUCGGUAUUUUCGGCGCAGUAUUCCUUGGCCAAUUCGCGCACUUAUUGUAGAAGACACCAUAACGAUUAAACAUACCAGCGGAGGUCUAUUAGCGAUUUUGCACCUUUUGCGCUCUCUAUUUUCUUGCAACGGGUAAUAUCUACCACGUGGAACAUCGCCGCCAAUCGGAUGAGAAGUAUAAUAGGAAUGCGAAUGCCUCCAGGCGGGCGGCACUAGUGAAAACGUUCAAAAAAGCAGACGCCAUUUUAGUUUGUAUGUUGUAUUUUUUUUAUAUGCUUUUAUAUAUAUUUUUACAAUUCUAUGUCAUCCAGAUCAAUUAGGCCAAGCUUUAGCCCAGGACAAUUUUCAAUGCAUUUUUAUAAUCGUAUAUUUAACAGUGAAUAUAAUAAACUAUUACCACUCAAACUGA